GUGGACUCUCCAGGUUCAGCACUCAUUUGAUGACAACUCCUGACUCCAACUGAUUGAGGUUCCUGUUGUGUCUUAGUGCACUGUUUCGCUUGCUGGGGCUAAGAUGGACCUUGUUCUCAGUGCCGCAGAUUAUUAUUUUUUUACACCAUACGUAUAUCCAGCCACAUGGCCAGAGGAUGACAUCUUCUGACAAACUAUUAGUCUCCUAAUUGUGACAAAUCUUGGCGCUUAUAUCCUUUAUUUCUUCUGUGCCACAUUGAGCUAUUAUUUUGUGUAUGAUCAUUCAUUAAUGAAGCAUCCACAGUUUUUAAAGAAUCAAGUGUAUCGAGAGAUUAAGUUCACUGUCCAGUCAUUACCCUGGAUAAGUAUCCCCACUGUUGCAUUGUUCCUGCUAGAGUUGAGAGGUUACAGCAAAUUAUAUGACAACAUAGGAGAGUUUCCAAGUGGUUGGUUUCACCUUAUUGUCAGUGUCAUCUCCUUCCUCUUUUUCACUGAUAUGCUGAUCUACUGGAUUCACAGAGGCCUUCAUCAUAGACUUGUAUACAAGCGUAUCCAUAAACCUCAUCACAUUUGGAAGAUACCCACUCCAUUUGCAAGUCAUGCUUUUCACCCAGUGGAUGGCUUCCUUCAGAGUCUACCUUACCAUAUAUACCCUUUUAUCUUUCCGUUACACAAAGUGGUUUACUUAGGUUUGUACAUCUUGGUUAAUAUCUGGACCAUUUCCAUUCAUGAUGGUGAUUUUCGUGUCCCCCAGAUUUUAAAGCCAUUUAUUAAUGGCUCAGCACAUCAUACAGACCACCACAUGUUCUUUGACUAUAACUAUGGACAGUACUUCACACUUUGGGAUAGAAUUGGAGGUUCAUUCAAAAACCCUUCCUCCUUUGAGGGGAAAGGACCACUUAGUUAUGUGAAGAAGAUGGCAGAAGAAAAAUGCAACAGCUCUACAGAAAAUGGUUGUAAAAAUGAAAAAUUAUGUAAUGGAGAAUUUACAAAGACUAAGUAA